AGACCUGUUUAAGCACAUUUCUCUUCCACUGUUGUUCAAAACUCUCCUCCGCCAAUUGGCCGUGCUUUGAAAUAAAAAAGAGUCGCUUUUGAUUCACUCCAGUCAACAAUGAGAAAAGAAGAAGCAAACAUCUUGUUUGAAAGUUGGAUAAUUAAGGCUUUCUUUCUUGCUCUCGUCUAUCACCCAGGACCUCAUCAUUUGAGAUUGCACUGAUCUUGCGCACAGUUGACAGUCCCCUUAGCUGUGUAUUUAACCCCCCCUUUUGAAGUUUCACUCACAGCAAGCAAAUGGGCAAUUGUGUUUCGUCACAGAGCCAGCAGGCAGUGGUGGAGAAACAAGCAGCAACUGGCAGAGGCAGAAGCAUAGUUUCUCUUCGCAAGGCUGCAAUGGAGAAGUAUCCGGUUCCCACCAAAAACCGCUUGGUCCUCGGCAACGAAGGGACAACUGGCGGCCUCAGCAACAAUAGCAGCUGCAGUAACAACGCCCCAGCCGGCACACAACAGACCAACGAUGCCGGCAACAACGACAUAACGCAAUUACGCUCGAAAUUACGGCCACCCUCCGUCAUCAUCGCCAGGCCGGUCAGCAUCCAGCUGACUAAUAAGAGUGGCAUUGACACCAACGGCAACAUACCUCGACCCUCUAGUCUACCCCGUCUGUUGAAAACGUCAGAUAACAACGCCACGGCCAAGAUUGAGUCGCUCCAGCAGCAGCAACAAGCCAAACCAUCCAAUUUGACGGGCUGCGCCACGUUCCGGACCGUCAGUUUGGAUUCCAAGAACCGGACGAUUCUCAAUCCGCCGCCCGUAGUCUCGGCUUCAUCGAACAAGACAUCGACGGCCUCCAAGGAUUCGAGGUCCGUCUCCCCUUCGCCAUCGAGCAUGUCCAUAGCCUCGAGUUUCGGCUCGAAUAAAAGUCAUUCGGUGGCCGAUUCCGGAAUCGCCACUUGCUCCAGCAGCCGCUCGCAGUCCACCAUUUCCGAGCGGAAGUCGGCCCUGUCUCUGAAAUUCGGUUUCUUCACCAAGAAGACGGCCGGCGCCACUGAAACCAAGAAAGCCAACGUCGAUCGAAUCAAUUCCGCCAAUAGCAUCCUGACGGCCACUCCGCCUCCAUCUUCGGCCGUCAGUAAACUUCGCGGUACAUGCGAGUUGCCACGUCAGACUAAAUCGCCGCGUCCAACUUCCCUCCGCUUAAGUUCGUCGGUUACCGUUGGAUCAGCCGGCGUCCAGCGAGUGACGGGCAGGAUACAGCAGCCGGCAACCCAUAAAAGUCCGGCUAGAAUGCCGACUCCCCAAUUGACGUCGAUAAAGAACAGAGCCGCUUUAGUGCUGGGCCGGAGUAAAAGUUCCGAUUACAAAUCGGUGGAGCUCAGGCCGCGGCUGAGCGUCGAGGCUAUCGUGGCUUCUCUCGAACAAGAAAUCCGACAUCAAUUGGGUCCAGAACCGCCUCCAUUGGCCCUCAGUCCCAAGAAGGAAGUCAAGGAAAUCUCGACUCCGGCCGAGAAAGUUGAAGUGGAGCGAUUCGGCAUCGAGACGGCCUCCAAGGCCCAAAUCGAAUUCGUCGACGAAGAUGAGGACGAAGAUUUCAUCGAAGAUAUCGAACUUCAACUUCAAACGCCAUCCAGCGCCGCCGAGUGUCAGCCUUCUCCGGAAGGCGACGAUCAAAGUCGAGACGAAGGUCAUCAUGGCGACGAGGAAGAUUCUAAUGCAACAUCCAUUUCAGACGCCAUGAUAGACGAUGAAAUUGCCGACCAGCCCGGUCUUGUCAUGCUCGGACAGUCGUACUCAGUUCCGGCGUCGCCGAUGCAUUCUUGGAGAUCCGAACUGUUUCAUUACAACCUACCGCCCAUGUCCAUGAUCAAUUAUCCGCCGUCGGAAGACGAUCAAUCGGACGUCUCAUCCUACCAUCACAGACUAGUGCGACGACGCGUUGCCAGUGUCAGCGAUAUCGACGACGGUCUCAAGGAGUCGCCCGUGGCAGCGGCGACGGCCAGCAGCAGCAGUCCUGUUGCUCCCGCCGAUGGGAUCAGGGCGUCGACGAUGAGAGCAGAACUCUUCAACUCUCCGUCGUCCAAGCAUCGAGAGAGCAGCAGCACCAGCUACUGGCCGCCCUCGGAAGCCACCAUCGUCAUUGAAUUGGAGGAGUACACGAGUAUGGCCAACGAGCUGGCCGACAUCAAGUCUCAGCUCAUCACUUUGCAGAAUCUUUUGGUGGAAACGGUGGCAGAUGGCGGAAGCAAUUGCGGUGGCAUAGAUCCGCCCGGAUCGCACACGGCGCCUCUGUGGGACUUGAAGCGUGAUCUGGUUCUCUUGCGAGAGGAACUCCAGGAAAAGAAUACGACAAUCAAGACUUUGAAGAAUCAACUGCGGGCCGUCAACGGCCGGACAUCCGUCAACAAGAACAAGGAAUCGACGGCCACCACCAAAGCUUCAGCUUCGUGCAAUGUAGCCACUCAAACUGACAGGCCCCGAAGUGGCGCCUUCACCAACGGUCUAUCCCCGUCUGAUAACGACGAGGUUCAAUUAGUCAGCAGUACUAAAUUGAAGCUGCCCACCGUUUCUGGGUUACCUGUCCGGUCACGUCCGAUCAGAUUGACGACUAAAUGAUUUGACGACCCAAUCAUUCAAUCAGCUUCUUUAUGCCGUUACGUAAUAUCGGAAUUUUUCCAUUCUCCGUCAACUAUUCUUCUUAUUUUCCUUAUCUAAAAUUAAAACACACCAUGAAUUUCCGAUUCACCAUCUAUGAUUAUGUUCUCGCACUGUAUCCCGUUGGUUUUCCUUUUCCCUCCCGUGAUUCCGUCAUUGAAAUUGUAUGUACAUUCUCGAUUGCAGACAGGCUAAUAAUGGUAACGUAAAGCUUUAAAAUAAUAGGAUAGGAGUUCAUAACCGAGAGAGAGAGAGAGAGCUUAUUAGGUUCCACACACCAGAAUGAUCUAAUUCGGUUUAGAUGUGUAAUUCCCUAGUCAUUUUCUACCCCCGAUGUAAUAACUUACCGUAUAUUAUUUACGUCUGAAACCUUUCUUUUUUUUCAAUUGAGAAGGCAAAAUAACUAAAUUAAUCGAAAGCACAAGUAUCUUCAACGCAUAUUCAAAUUAAUUAUUAAGGGAAAAGGAUUUUUUUUUUCGUUCAAUUCCGAUUCAAAUGAGAAAAAUAAUCACAUAGUACUAACAAAGCCGGACAUCUAACCAUCUUUAUUAACGCCAAUCACCUCCACCCACCCCACUUUUUCCCUGCUAUUAUAAAAAUUACAAUUGAUUUCUUUUGAUAGAUACUGAAAGUAUUUUUGGGGGGUUUUUUUCAAAGUCACUCAACAACUUAUAGCUCGCCGUCUCCUUAUUUGUCGAUCCCUCCAAUUCCAAGUGUUUUGUUUAGAUUUGCUGUUCAUCGACGUUGACGUAUAAAAAACCACACAUAACUAGGAACCAUAUAACUGCAUUAAUUCUUGACCCCGUAUUAAUCCUUACUUAUAUACCGUCCUUAUUAUUAAUUUUUUUUUUUUGGCCCCUGUGUUUUUUGUUAUAGUUUUUUUUUUUUUUUGUCCUGAACAACAUCACAACAACAACAAUACAUGGCUUGGUUGAUUCCGCCACAUUCCUCUGA